GGUCUGUUUGUCACUCAUAGAAAUAAAAUUGAAUUGAAUUCAAAUGAAAAUGAUUACAAGUUUUGUCUGUGAUAAUGAUAAUAAAAUGUUUACAAUUUAAAUCAAAAUAUAUGAAAUUGAUAGCGGAUAUAGAGAAGUAUUUUAUAAUAUGUUGUGUUUACGUAUUAAUACCAAAUGUAUUAAAAUGAGAUGUAUAUUUUUGAAUAAUGACUAUAGAUAUAUCUAUUAUAAUUCCUGUCCAUAAUGGAGCACAAUGGAUAAAUGGCUGCAUGAAGUCGAUUGCUAAUCAAACUAUAUUUCAAACGUUGACAAAUGUAGAAAUUGUUGCCUUUAAUGAUGGAAGCAAUGACAAUACGGACGAACUACUCCAAAGAUGGGCACAAUACUUUAAGGAACGUGAAAUAAAUUUUCUCAUAACAGGGUCCGAAGACCCUAAAGGCGUAGGCGCAGCCAAAAAUGGUGCUGUUAGGAUAAGUUCUGGUUUAUAUUUAUGUUUUCAAGAUAUUGAUGAUUCAAUGCAUCCAGAUAGAGUACUAUUGCAAUGGAAUUAUGCAAGGUUUAACACUAAUACUCUGAUAGGUAGUAAGGUGACUAGAACACCGAUAAACUCAACACCGAGGUUUGUUCGUUGGGCUAAUACUUUGGAGUCUUUACAAUUAAAGCAACAAAUAUAUCUUUCAUAUGGCCCUACAAUACUAAUGCCUACUUGGUUUUGUCAUAGAUCUGUAUAUGAUAAUGUGGGAGGUUUUGUUGAGACAGGGCAAGGAACACCAGAGGAUCUUAUAUUUUUUUAUGCUCAUAUUGACAGAGGUGGAGAAUUGCACAGAGUAGACAAGGAAUUGGUUAAUUAUACUUAUCACAAAUAUUCUACAACAUUUUCAAUUUCAAGAAAAGCUAUACAAUUGAUUCAGUUGCAUAGACUUGAAAAAAUUGUCUUAUCACAAUGGAAACAGUUUACAGUUUGGAAUGCAGGCAAAAGUGGAAGAAAAUUUGUAAGAUCUCUAACUCCUAACAACCGAAAUAAAGUUCUUGGAUUUUGUGAUGUAGAUAAAAAGAAAAUAGGUUCUGUGAUAGAAUUAUAUUGUUCAAAACAAAGAAAAGUAUUGAUUAAAUUGCCUGUUGUACAUUUUACUGAAGCAAAACUUCCAAUUAUUAUUUGUAUGAAAUUAGAUCUGACUAAUGGUGAUUUUGAAAGGAAUCUUCAAUCAUUGAAUCUUUUAGAAGGAAGAGAUUAUUAUUUAUUUGGAUAAUUUUAAUAAAAUAAUAUUAUAUUUAACACUGGUAAUAAAA